UCAGGAACUGAUGCAGCCGAAGAGGAAGGGCAGUUACGUAGGCGGAUAUGACCUCAUCAAUAUGGCGGUCUGUAGGAGGAGCUAGUGAGCGAGUCUCAAAAUGGCGUCUCCGAAAACUGUUCCUAAAGAUGCACAGGUCAUGAUGCAGAUUCUGAAAGACAUGGGAAUCACGGAGUAUGAACCGCGGGUCAUCAAUCAGAUGUUGGAGUUCAUGUACAGAUACGUCACGACUAUAAUCGAAGAUGCAAAAAUAUACGCCACCCACGCUAAGAAGGCCAACGUGGACGCAGACGACAUACGGUUAGCCAUCCAGUGUCGAAUGGAUCAGUCUUUCACGUCUCCUCCACCACGAGAUUUUCUACUAGAGGUUGCCAGGCAGAAGAAUCAAACCCCUCUGCCCUUGAUUAAGCCUUACGCAGGUCCUCGUCUUCCACCAGACCGCUACUGUUUAACUGCACCAAACUACAGGCUCAAGUCGCUGCAGAAAAAGGUGUCUUCCUCUGCGGGGAGGAUAACGGUGCCGCGCCUCAGCGUGGGGGCCGUCUCCAGUCGACCAAGCACGCCGACUCUUGCUACCCCCUCCGUGCAGACGAUGGGCUCUAAAGUGGGAACGCCGGUGUCGCUGACAGGUCAGCGCUUCACAGUUCAGAUCCCGUCUUCUCAAGCUACAUCUGCUAAGUCAGCUACCCCGACCACUCCAGGCACGGUCCAGAACGUCCUCAUCAACCCUUCUCUCAUCGGCUCCAAGAACAUCCUCAUUACAACCAACAUGGUUUCUCAGAACUCAUCCAGUGACUCGGGCUCGCUGAAGAGAAAGCACGAAGACGACGACGAUUACGAUGCCUCGUGACCCUGCGUAUAAAUAAUCAUUCGUCCGGAUUCUUCACAGAAGAUCAGCUUGUAAAUAUACGAUAAUUUGCCUCCAAUCUUGCAGCCAUGACAUCCUUUCGUUUGUACCCGUAACGUUAGUGUCCUGACCGGCGUUGGUUUUUUUUUUUUUUUUUUUUUUUUUUUUUUUUUUUUUUUUUGUAAGCAAAAAAUUUUUUUUAAAGGUUUUGCCUUUUUUCCCCGGAAUUAUCAACUAUGCUUUUUUUUGUGGAGGGAAAAAAAAGGGUACUAGUAAAGCAGUUCAAACUGACACGGCUUUUAUGAUGGAUAUAAAAACCCGAGUGUUGUACGUUUAAAUGGAAUGAUUUGAUUAAAUGCGAAGAAAUGGCCAGUAGGGGGUGACAAACCUCAAGGAUAAUUAUUAUUUGUUUGUUUGUUUUUGUUUAUUUGUUUUCAUAAAAUACAUUAUUUGUAUUUUCCGUAUAUAUAUAGGGAUAAACCUAUUUCUAGACAUAUUGGUUUAUUGGUCAUGAUGCGGUUUAAAAUUUUUCCGAGAAAUCCCACAUAACAGACGUCACUGUAUAACUUUAAAGGUUCCUAAGCAAUAAAAAAUAUGGUUUGUCUCUUUG